AUGCGCCUCGAAACGACGAUUUUGAAUCAUCCUAUCUUAGGAGACGUUCAAGGCAGCCUGGGAAAUGGUGUCUUCCAAUUCCUCGGCAUCAAGUAUGCUUCGCUGGAGAAUCGAUUUUCCGAGCCUCAAGAUGUAGAGCAUUCCGGACAAGCCCCCAUUGUUGCAACCAGGCACGGCCCGCCUGUCAUUAUGGCACCAGGUUCCGUGGAUAUGGAAAUGUCCUUCAUCCAGCAGUCCUUACCCAAGUUUGAUGUCCCACCAAUGUCCGACACCGACGGUUUAAAUCUCAACAUAACCGUACCACAGCAUUACGUAGAUAAGAUGCCCGUUUUAGUCUUCAUUCAUGGUGGAGGCUUUAACUUUGGCUCGAGCUCUUAUCCUCAGUACGAUCAAACCCGAAUCGUUCAACAGUCAAUUGGCCUGCGCAAGCCCAUCGUCGCAGUCAAUUUUAACUAUCGACUAGGCAUUCCAGGUUUCCUGACGUCCAAAGACUUGCUCGAUGCGGGCUACAAAUCCAACAGAGGCCUCCGGGAUCAACGGGCUGCACUGAAAUGGAUAAAAAGACACAUCUCAGGGUUUGGGGGAGACCCAAAUCGCAUCACCGUCAUCGGUCAGAGUGCUGGAGCAGCAUCCAUCAACUUUCACAUGCAGUCCCAAGAGCCGUUGUUUGACCAAGCAAUACUCCUUGGCGGCUCUUUUCUGCUGGUAAAACCUCAAACACCAGAAUCAGCCGAGUCAGUGUAUCAGUCUACCAUUCGGUCAUUGAGCAUCGAGGCCUCUUCGUGCAAGGAUCGAGUCCAGUCCCUCUUAAACAUCCCAGCAGAGAAGCUUGUCGACGCAGCGCUGAAUGGAAAGACCCCACCUGGGCCUGUCAUUGACGAUGACUUGAUCCCGGCAAUAGCAACAUUUGAAAAUAUUAAAGAAUUUCCAAUGCCAGGCAAAAAUUGGUGUGAACGCUUGUUUUGCCUGGGCAAUCAAUUCGACGGCUCUCUCUUCGCUAUCAUUGACCUGGGCGCGCGCUUGAAUGGCAUCACAGAAGCUUUUAGGCUCUUUUUGAUAGACGGCUUAGGCGACACGGCAGCGUGCAAAAUUCUCGACCACUACGGUAUUCUCCAGGGGGGAGCAGACGAGGAGUCCAUAAUCAACAUCACCCAACUACUUACGGACGUUGGAUAUUACGCUCCUCUGGUGAAAGCGGGCGAGGCAUAUCCAGCACCGUUCAUACUUGGGCAUUUCAAUGAAAGAAAUCCAUGGGCUGGCAUUCAUCAGGGUCGAGCCAACCAUAUACUUGACAUUGCGUACCUCUGGGGCAAUUAUGAAGAUAAGUAUGGUCCCCAAAACAAAGUUAUAGCGGAAGCGCUAGCAGAAGAUGUCAUAUCGUUCAUCUGGGGACAGGACGUGCUGCCAAGUUUCAAUGACGGCAAGAGGGUAGUUGUAUACGGGCCAGCUGGUGAUGACGUGGCAAGGCAAGUUUUGGACUGGCGAGAUAAGAAGACUGGAAGAAAUGUCUCCAUUUUUGAGCUGGCAGAGCUGGCAGGUGGGCUAGAUAAGCUGCUCGAUGUCCUCAUUGCAUUCUGCUGGGGUAAGGAGUCAAGCUGA